AUGUCUGCAAAUUCGAUGGUGACGGUGCCUGGUGCGAAGGACCUUCCAGUUUCUUUGGAUCCAACAGAAGAACAAACCCCGCCACAACCGGGUGUGGAAGACAAAGAGGAUGAGGAAUACUAUGAUGAUAUUUUUGCAGAUGAAGACCUUGAUGAAAACGAAUUCAUGUCCUCCAAUCCAGCGGACUUUACAAAAUCCUACAAUAGACAACGCCGGCUAAAAGAAGUCGCUGCGGAUCCAAACGCUCCUAAAUCAAAAUACCCCAAAAGCAACCCCCAGAAACCCACAAUUAAUACGCAGGCGAAUGUCGACGACCAGAUUUCUUCUCUCUCGCGACAUGCCGCAAAACUACGGCUAGAUGACCUUCAGUCAGGCCUGGGGGGAAAGGGCGAUAGAGGGGCAGAUAAAAGUGACCGCGCAACAUCAGAGCAGGUGUUGGACCCUAGAACCCGUAUGAUCUUGCUGCAGAUGAUCAACAGGAAUGUGGUGUCCGAGGUCAACGGGUGUCUUUCUACUGGUAAAGAGGCUAAUGUUUACCACGCCGUGUCCUACCCAGAUGACGAUGGUGAGCCACUCCAACGCGCUAUCAAGGUCUAUAAAACUAGCAUAUUAGUUUUCAAGGACCGUGACAAGUAUGUCAGUGGGGAAUUUAGAUUCAGGCAGGGCUACAACAAGUCCAACAACAGAGCAAUGGUCAAAGUGUGGGCGGAAAAGGAGAUGCGAAAUCUAAAGCGCCUUUACGCCGUAGGCAUACCAUGUCCUGAACCCCUCUAUCUCCGACUUCACGUUUUAGUCAUGGGGUUUCUCGGAAACUCUAAGGGAUUUGCGGCUCCGCGAUUAAAGGAUGUGGACCUUACCGGACCGGAUCCCGAGGAACAGUGGAGAGCUCUCUACAUCGAGCUUCUCGGCCAUAUGCGCACAAUGUAUCAGGAGUGCCGAUUAGUACACGCAGAUCUAAGCGAGUACAAUAUCCUCUAUCAUGAAAAUAAGCUCUACAUCAUUGACGUCAGCCAGAGCGUUGAACACGACCACCCCCGCAGCUUGGAGUUCCUCCGUAUGGACAUCAAGAACGUCACGGAUUUCUUCCAACGAAAGGGAGUUCACACCCUUUCGGAGAUGGCUGCAUUCGAAUUUAUUACGGCUAAUGAUGGACCAAAAGCUUCCCCAGGCUCCAGAAAUAUGUCAGAAGUAUUGGAAAAAUUGUUUGUGACUCGAGCACAGAUGGAAAACGAGGGACAUGCUGAUGCUGAUACCAGUGCGGAAGUUGAAGUCGACACAGCUGUUUUCCGCCAACAAUUUAUUCCCCAGACGCUUGAGCAGGUAUAUGACGUGGAGCGUGAUGUGGAGAAACUUCGUAAGGGACAGGGUCAGGACCUAGUAUAUCGUGAACUGCUGGCAAACAAAGGCGGCACCACGACUACAACCCGGCACUCACUGGUUGCUGCGAAUGACGAAGCGGAAGAAGAAAGAUCAGACGAAUCUGGAGGCGUUUCUAUAUCGGGUGAUGGGUCCGAGUCUGACUCUCAGGCUGAAGACACGGAUCCGUUUACGAAAAAAGCUCCUAGGGGAAAGCGGUUCGAGGAUAAGGACGCGAAGCGGGACCAUAAACGACUUGUGAAAGAGGAGAAGCGCGAACAGCGAACCAAGAAGAUUCCGAAGCAUAUUAAGAAGAAGCUUGUCAAUGCAUCGAAGAGGAAAUGA